AUGUUGAUACUACUAUUGCUCAUAUUCAUUUCUGCACCUCUGUGCAGAUACAUUCUGUACCCUGUGGUGUACGCAUUUCUGAAAUGGAGACGUCCGGUCAGAAAAUUCACUGCACCAACAGCAAAGAUUCGAGAUAUUUUGAACCCGGAUAAGGAUGAAUGGAAUAUGGAGGAAAUAAAAAAUGAAGAAAUCAUCACAAUUAGUGGUUCAGGAGAAGACGACAGUUUUGUGUAUAUCCAGAUUAUAACAAAGAACGGAAUUCAUUCGUCUCAUAUCAGAAUAUUCGAGAAUGGAACUCUGUAUUCAGGAUCAUUCGAUGCAUAUUUUGCUGAAAACCGUACCAUAAUCUGCGGUCCUCUUAUUAUUGAACUUCGAAAUCCAUUCCGAAAGUGGAGGAUCAACUUCCGUGGGUAUCUCAAGGAUAACGAUGGAAAUUCUCAUUUUAUCAUUCUCUCUGGAUGGUGGAGAUGUGUUACAAAUGCAAGAUUCUUCUAUUCCAAUGCGCCAUUGAAGUCUUUCACAGAUGUUUAUCACGAAAAACCGCUUGAGUUGGCUGAGAAUUUGAAAACGAUUGAAAAGUACCGUACGGGAAACGUUUUUCAUCAAAUGGGAGAGUAUCAUGCUGAAAUUAAAAUUGGAAACGGAGAAGUCGUGGAGCAUAGAUACAGAGGUCUCCGUCACAGAAAUCCUCUAAAUUUGGAAACUACGUCAACUCAAUUCCACACAUAUCUCAGUGAUGGAAACGCAAUUUCCCACCGAGUAAAUUCUUUGGAACAUCAAAAAUUAGUUUCCCAUGCUAUCAUUUUCCGCGCUGAUCACAGUGUUCGUGCAGUCACUCUUCACAACUCCCAUUCUCUCGAAUCUGAUAAUAUGAUGCCUGUUCGAUUCAACUAUUCUUCUGGAAAGUUUUUACCAUUCGAAAUGAGAAAAGGUCAAAAACUUUCACAUUUCAACUACAUUCGAGAGGAUCGGAAAGUUGUCGACGUAACUGCUCUGAAGGUUAACUCCGCAAUUUUCACUGGAAUCGGAUUCGUUGUCAGAAUUAGAGAGGCACUUCACACGACUCCUGCAAAAACUUUGGAUUGUUUCCCAGAAUACCACGCAACGGAUUCAGAGAAAGUGAGACAAGUACUACCAUUUGGACAUAGGGCUUGUCAAGAUAAAUUGUUAACUGGUGGAAAAGGUGCUAACUUGGCGAGACUUCAAGCCAUUACUAAUGAUUUUCAUGUGCCACCAGGGAUUGUUGUGACUACAGCUGCUUUUAAUGAACAUGUUCGAAUGAACCGAAACAUCGCUGAAGCCAUUAAGCUCCUUGAUCAGAAUGAUCAAAGUGCAAAUUACUAUGAGGAAACUGGGAAACGCAUCGGAGAGUUAUUGAUCGAGAGUGAAGUUUCUGAAGAACUCCACAAUAAAAUCAGAGAAUGGUUGCCAUUUUCGGAGUACUAUGCAGUUAGAUCAUCAGCAGUUGGAGAAGAUGGAGCUGAUCUGUCAUCUGCCGGGCAAUUGGAAAGUUAUCUGGAUGUGUUUAGCCAUGAAAUCUCUGACAAGCUGAAACUGUGCUGGGCUUCGAAUUUCAGAAGAGAAGUUUUGAACUACAGAAAAAACUAUGGUCAACAACUGAAUCCAUCAAUGGCGGUCGUGAUUCAGGAGAUGAAUAGAAACGGAGUAGCUGGAGUAAUGUUCACGGCUAAUCCGGUGAAGUUGGAUUGUGGAGAAAUUGUGAUCAAUGCACUGAAAGGGAGUGGAGAACAAAUUGUCAGCGGUGUCACUACUCCGGACGAGAUUCAUGUCAAUCGAAUUAAUAAAUCAGUGGUGAUAAAUAAAAUCGGAACCGAGUGCUGUUUGAAUGACUUCCAAAUCGAAAAACUCUCGAGAGUAGGAGAAUAUUUGGAACGAAUUUUUGGGAAACCUCAGGAUAUUGAAUUUGUUGUCCGAGGCGAUCAAGUCAACAUUGUUCAAAGUCGAGAUAUCACAGGAUUAGAUAAAGAAACAUCAUUUGAAAUGUACACCGAGUAUAAUUCUCCAAGUAUCCACGACAAAGAAAUUCUAACGAAUGCCAAUGUUGGAGAAGUUCUUCCAGCUCCUGUAAACGCAAUGGAAGCUCAUAAUCUGACUGGCAUGUUUGACAAAGUCAUUUGUGUUAGUUUAGAUCAGUGUAUGACAACUCAAGAAAUCAACGAUGUGGUCCCUGCCCAUACAACCAUUGGAUUUUCGGUUGCUCAUCGAAAGAUAUUCUUCAAUUUAGGAGAGGUUGUUCUCAGAAUAUGGGAAAUGGUGGAAAAGGACAGAAUAACUGAUAUCGUGAUUGCUGGUGAAACUCUUUUCAGUCCUGAAAUGUUCCGUCAAGCUGCGCAUCAAUACGGAUCAGUUCCCUCAUUCUUCCCAUUGAAGAGAAUGUACCGUAUGAUAAAACUAAUCUACUUCACUUCCAAUAGCGUCAAAGCAAAAAUUGCCGAAAUCGAUAAGGAGGCUAAACUUUUAGUUCCAACGGAAGAUAUGUCUGUAGAGGAAGUAUUCAAAAAAUACGAAGAAUUGGAAAAAUUAUGGUGUGAUGCUAUCCGUUGUCACACUGAUCUUUCCAUGUUCUCCUCUUUCACUUAUGUUCUUUGCGGAAUGUUGAUUCGCGGAAGUGACACUGGUCCCCUUUCCAAUGACAAUAUAUCAGACUUUGCAAAUGUCUUUUCAAAUAACUCUCGUGGUGAUGUAGUCAGUGCAGAUGUUCCAAAUUCUUUGAAAAAAUUGGCGAAAACUAUUCGAGAAGAUGGACUCGUCAAAGAAUUCUGUGAUGCAGAAGGAAACGAUUCUCUGAAAAUCUUAGAGAAUGGAAGAAGAAGUUCACAGGAACUACAAAGAUUCUUUGAUCUUCACGGUCAUCGAGGACCAAAGGAACUUUAUUUAGAUGCUGCCACAUGGGAAGAAGACACUGAUUUGUUGGUUCACACAAUCAAAAGCAUGUUGUCCUUUCCAGAGGCUUCAGACAAAACAAUUGAGAAUGAAGAUGAUAUUAUUGACAAAUUGAAAUGUAAGCCAACUGGAAUUAGAAGACGAUUCUUAAAAUACUUCAUUGGACAGACUCAUCGGGGAGUCGCGUUCAGAGAAACUGCGAAAAAUCAUCUGGUUUCUACAACCAACUCUGUUCGCAAAACAUGUCGAAUGAUUGGAAAGAAACUUUAUCAGAAGGGAUAUCUUCCUGAUCCAAAUCUCUGGAUGCAUUUCUCGAUAGAUGAACUAAAAGAGUUGAAUGAAACCAGAAGUGCAAAAUUGAUUUCGAGAGCAGUGAGAAGAAAGCAAAUCGCUUCUAAAUUCGAAGGACUUCAAUUCCCUCUUGUUGCACACGGAUACAUGAGUCCUAUCAAAGUGGAAAUCGCUGAAACUGAUGCAAGUGUUGGCCUGACUCUCCGUGGAACUACAGUCUGCGAAGGAAAAGUGAGAGCCAACGCGAGAGUUGCAAAGACUUUGGAAGAAGCGAAAGAGACAAUACCUGGAGAAAUACUUAUUACGAGAUAUACAGAUAUCUGUUGGUCUCCAUUCUUCCCAAUGAUCAGUGGAAUUGUAACUGAAAUCGGAGGACUUCUUAGUCACGGAGCAGUUGUUGCUCGUGAAUAUGGACUUCCUAGUCUGAUUGCUGUUACAAAUGCCACACAGCAUUUCAAAACUGGAGACUUUGUUGAGCUGGACUCUAUCAAUGGUACCAUCAUUCGAUUGGACCAAAAUCACAAUGAUUAA